AUGUCACAACGAACAUACAAGUACGUAGACGUUUCAUGGCGACUUCAUCAAUUGAAAAAGAGUAGUCUCUUUGAACAGACUAGUAGAAUUUGUAGAACUGGAAGCACUUCGUGGCUACAGUUUGCGAACGCUUCAAAGUCAGGAGUCGAAAACACUCUGUUAGUGAUUACGAGGCAGAACCAAGUGUCAGCGACUUACCGGCAGUCAGAUACUUGGACUGAGAUAGGGGCAUCCACAACUGGGGUUGUCACGUGUACCAUUCGUCGUUGGCGACGAGCCAAAUCUUGUCAUAAUCACUAUCAGUUAUCAUCCCAAUUGGUCGUAUGUGCUGUUGGUGGUAUGGUGCCUUGCGGAGCCAUUCCCACUGAAAAACUGGUGAAUCAAGUUCAUCGUGUGAAAAUGUUCGAAAUCUAUCUGAAGAUGACCAUUUUGAUGAAACAACACCCAUAUAAAUCUUCUCAAACAAGAAGGAAUUUCUCGUUAAAUAUUUCGGAUGGAAUACGAAUGAGCUCUGAAUAUCAAUAUGAUGUUUGUUUCCAUACAUUGUUUAAGCUUAAUUUAGGGUCUCGCCAAUUACCAAGUUUCUUUAUAAUUUUAGAUGAUGUAGAAUCUGAUAAAAUCAAAGUUGACGAUAAUGAUUCUGAGUCAGUCGUUGAACAUGUCAAAGAGAUUAUUCGAAAAUUAAGUCCAGAAUGCGACACGAUUGAUAUUUUAUUAGAAUUAUAG